AUGCCUCCCAACGCCGGCCAGCAAGGCGCGCCCGGCGGUAUGCCUCACCAGUUCGCUGGCGGCCACAUCGCCGUCUCCGGCCCGGGAGGCCAGGUCAAUCCGGCCAUGAUGGGCGGCAUGCCGCCUGGUGCCAGCCCUGGCCCUCACGCGAUGCACCAGCUCACUCCCGCGCAACAGCAGAUGUUUCAGCAACAGCAGCAGCAACAGCAGCAGCAGCAGCAUCUGCAACAGUUCAAUAUGAACAACCCGAGCGCAAUGGCCGCCAUUCGCCAGCAGCAGCUACUGCAGCAGCAGCAGCAGCAACAGCGGCAAGCCAUGUUCGCCCAGCAGUUCCAAGGCAUGGGCGCCGGAGUCAACGGUUUACCCAUGGGCAUGCAGCUGAGCCAGCUGAGCCCCCAGCAGAUUCAGCACCUGAGACAGCGGACCGCCAUGGGCCAUGUUGCCGGCCAUAACCCGCAGGCGAUCAUGGCCCAACAGCUGGCCCUCCAGCAACACGCGGCCCAGCAGCAAGCAGCCCAGCAAGCGCAGCAGCAGGCGGCGGCGCAACAGGCGGCGCAACAGCAGGCGGCGCAUAACCAGCAGAUGGCUGCCGGCCAUAACCAGGCGCAGCACAUGGCAAUGAACGCGCAGCCCAUGGGCAUGCAGCAGCAGAACCCCAUGGCCGCGGCGGCUCAGCCGCAGAUGGGCGCCCAGCAGCAACAGAACCAGCAGCCCCCAGGACAGCCUCAACCGCAGCAGCAGCAGCAGCAGCAGCCUGGGCCCCAGUCACAGCAAGCGCCGCAGCAGACCUCUCAGGGAGGCACACCUGCUGCCUCGGGCCAGCAGACACCGUCCCAGACUCCGGCCCCGACACCCGCCCACGCGAACCAGAUGCCACCUGGACAGCCCCAACCCCAGCAAGCGCAGCCUCCGAACCAGGCCCAGAUAGCCGCCCAGCAGCUGAUGGCGUCUUCCAUAAUGCAGCAGCAGCAGAUAAGAGAAGGGAUGAAGACUCGGUGCCUCUUGAAGCUGAUGCAGUUUGGGGAACGCCUUAGCGGCUAUCCUGGCGCUAAGAACAAAGACGAUCUGUCAUAUUGGAAUAGAUUUGUAGCCCAAUUCUUCUCACCUAGCGGCGUGUUCCGACAUUCAUUACACGUCAGCGAUUCUGAAGACACGCCGGACAAGCAGUACGACAUUUCGUACCCGGCAAUUGCUCGCUACUUCCACACGCAUUUCUGCAGUGGUGUCAAGAGCAUACAGCUCAUCCUGGAUAGCGGAAGCAGUGACAAGCAUAUGCCAGGAGACUGCUACUGCAUCGAAAACCCGAGGGCCAGCUUCGUCUACUGGUUUGAGACGGGGUCACAUCUCGUGGCCACGGGUACACUACGGGCGCAGUUCGAUGCCGAACAAAAGAUUGAACUGUUCGAGUUCCUCACGACGAGACAAGAGGAAUACGUUUCUCGGAAACGGGUGAUUGAAGCUGCCAAGCCAGCACACGAAUGGAUCAAGGAGUGGCGCAGCGUGAACACGAUGGAUGGCAAGCAGUCGCCAGAAAUGUCGAAGAAGGGCAAAGCCCGACAGCUCAAGUCUCCUCAGAAAGAGCCGCCAGGAGUUCUGGUUGAUCUACCAGACUCUGCAGUGAACAGCAAGGGCGUCACGGAGGCGGUGCAUCAGUUCCUCGAGAUUGUGGAAGUUAUGGGCCAGAUGAACCCGUUGUUCGGAUUCUACCACUCCAACCCUGGCCUUAGCCCCUAUGCCGCGCUCGAACAAUACGUAGCCACGCAAAUCAACAACAACCCACAGCCGAUGAUGAAUGGGCAAAACAUGGUCCAAGGGCCCAGGACGCCCAGCUUCGGGCAGUUCCAGAUGGGGGCGAGCCCUGCUGCGGCGCACAUGAAUCUGCCGGGGUCGCCUCACAUCGGCAGCCCUGCGCCGGGCCAAGCCCCGGGGAUGCAGCUCCAGCCUAGCCAGCAAGGGACGAGUUCAAGCGGGCCGAGCGCAAACACAUCGCCGGCUUCCAACAAGCGCCGACGUCCGUCCACUGUCAAGGUCGAAGACGAUUCGGCCACAGCAGGCGCUGCCCAGGUCAACGGCAUCCAGAACAGGGGCAAGCCCCAAACACCUCGAAUGGCCAAGCGGUUGAAGGGCAACCCAGCGUGA